ACAGUCAAACAAGUCGGCAACAUUUCACGCUCGGCUUUUAUGCUGAAUGUUGUUUCCGGAAUCCCAAAUUAACGUUGAAGCCUUGACGCUCAUCUCGGGCGCCGGUCCGAAAUUUCCUCUCAUUCUGUUGGCCUCGUCGGCGUCGGCCAUGGCAGCCGGCCUUCGCCUUCGCCUUCGCCUUCGCCUCCGCCUCGUCGUCGCCGUCCCGUUUUGGCUCGCCUCCCUUUUUCGGCCCUCGCUGUCGUCGCGCAGUGACGUGCUGGUGCUCGGGGACGCAGACUUCGACUACUUGGCAACCGAGCACGACACCAUGCUGGUCAAAUUCUACGCGCCCUGGUGCGGCCACUGUAAGAAGUUAGCUCCGGAAUUUGAGGAAGCUGCCGGCAAACUGAAGGGAACCGUGCAGCUAGCGAAGGUGGACUGCACGGCUGAGCCGGACACGUGCGGUCGCUUUGGCGUGUCCGGAUACCCGACGCUGAAGAUCUUCAGGAACGGGAGGGAUUCGGCCUCCUACGACGGCCCUCGCUCUGCGGAGGGGAUCUUUGAGUUCAUGACGAAGCAGACGGGCCCGGACUCUGCCGUGUUGCUGACCGAAGAAGAACUGCAGAGCUUUGUCCAGCACCACGACGCUUCGGUCGUGGGUGUGUUUUCAGGUGAGCAAAGUACUGGUCUGGCUGACUUUGUGAAAGCAGCGGGACUGUUGAGAGAUCAGUUCCGAUUCGCUCACACCACACGAAUGAUGCUGGCUGCCCCCUACGGACUCCAAACAGAAGGCGUCUUGUUGUUCCGGCCUCCCCGACUGGCCAAUCAGUUUGAAGACAGCGUCGUCGUUUUGCGAGAUUUCGUGUCCAUCCCGUCUCUGAGACGCUUCAUCCGAGACCACAUAUUUGGACUUUGUCCUCUCAUGACCUUGGAGAACAAAGAUCGCCUGAGAGCUCGUGACCUCCUGACUGCCUUUUACAACCUGGACUACAAACGCAACGCCCGGGGCUCCAACUACUGGAGGAACAGAGUGAUGAAGGUGGUGUCCAAGUACGCGGGGCGGGGCCUCUUCUUCUCCGUGGCCAACCAGAGGGACUUCCGGGCCGAGCUGGAGGACCAAUUUGGCGUGGGCGCAUCCGACGGCGCAGACGUUCCCCUGGUGACCGUUCGCACCAAAGCGGGUCACAAGUACACCAUGAGGGAGGAGUUCACGAGAGACGGCGCCUCGCUGGAGAGGUUUCUGGACCAAUACUUUGCCGGGCGACUCAAGCGCUACAUCAAGUCCGAGCCGACACCGGACGGAAAUGCCGGCGCCGUUCAGGUGGUGGUGGCCGAGUCGUUCGACGCCAUCGUUAACCAGCCCGACAAAGACGUCCUGAUCCAGUUCUACUCGCCGUCGUGUCCGCGCUGCAAGAAGCUGGAACCGGUUUACACCGCGCUGGCAGAGACGCUGUCCGCAGACGCAAACGUGGUCAUCGCCAAAAUGAACGCCGUGGACAACGACGUGCCGGCUGGCUACGAUGUCCAAGGCUACCCGAGCAUCUACUUGGCGCCUGCCGGCAAGAAGGCCGAGCCCGUCCGAUACCAGGGCGGGCGAGAGCUCCGAGACUUCCUGCGCUUCCUGCGACGGCAGGCUGACCAACGCCACGUCAAACAGGAACUCUGACGGCCGUCGGCCAACUCCCGUCACAUACUUCCGAGUCAAUUCAUUGAUUGGACUGGUUGCUUGCUUGAGUGCUGAUUGAUUUCUCGAUUUCGGAAAGCCCCCAAAAUUCCCCUACAGUCAUUAACUGUUUGGUCAAUUUAUUUGUAAAUGUUUGGAAGGGCUUCAUUUCGAUACAUGCACUGAUGGAUUGCUCUGU